AUGGCAGUGGUCUCAGCCAACCACGCCUCUCACAGUGGACAUUCAGUUGUUAGAGACCGCCUGGUGACGCGUUUCCUCCAUGGAGAAAGUCUCAAUAACUUCCCUUCAAAGGGUCAGAGAGUUCCAGAGCUCCUUAGGACGGCAGAUCGAGAGAGUAAGCAGACGGACUGGCAGGCAGAGCACGGGCACAUUUCCUCAAAAUCUGGAUAUCAGAUGCUGCAAGUAAUGAGAUUUGCUGUUGAAGAGAUUAAUAACUCCACCACUCUUCUGCCCAAUGUAUCUCUGGGAUAUGAAAUUUUUGACCACUGUUCUAAUAUAAAGAAUUUAAAUUCAGUCUUAAAUUUGAUCUCCAAGAAUGGCUCAAUCAAACCUAAAGAAAAACUCAACAACUAUCAGCCUAAAGUGAUUGCUUUAACAGGGCCAUAUGGAAGCACAAGAACUAUUGCUACCGCACCACUGAUAACAAUGGACCUUAUACCAAUGGUGAAUUAUGGAGCUACUAGCUAUGCAUUAAGCAAUAAACUUAAGUAUCCUUCUUUUGUAAGAACAAUCCCUAGCAACAAAGACCUGGUAGAGAUGAUUAUUCACAUCAUACAGUGGUUUGGAUGGAACUGGGUUGCCUUUAUUGGUAGUCAAGAUGAUUACAGCACAGACGGACUAAAGCUGUUUAACAAGUAUAUAAAUAAUACAGGCAUUUGUUUGGCCUAUCAAGAGGGACUAAGUCUAAAUGCAAACUACAGUCAAACGCUUAAAAAGAUCGAUAAGCUCAACAUUAAUGUCAUUGUAGUUUUUGCUUUGCCACAAUAUGCAAGCAAAAUUAUCAAAGCAGCCAUAGCAAACAACAUCCAGGACAAAGUAUGGAUUGCAAGUCAAGCAUGGGCUAUGAAUCAACAGAUUCCAAGAGAACCAGGAAUCAGGAAAAUUGGUACAGUCAUUGGCAUUACAGAGAGACUGUUAUCACUGCCUGGAUUUAAUAAAUUCAUCUAUAAAACCAGAGGAACAACUGUUGUUGGUCAUAAUGAUAGCGAUGAGACUGGCAUCCUGGGAAAGAGAAAUACAUGUAAUCAAGUUUGUGAGUACUGCUCAUUGUUGCAAGUGGAAGAAAUCAUAAAAGAAAAUCCCACAUUCUCCUUUGCCAUCUAUUCUGCCAUAUAUACCAUAGCUCAUGCAUUACAUAGAGUUCUGCAGUGCGACAUGAAUGAAUGCCACAAUAAAACAAUGGCCAAGCCAUACAUGGUUCUCGAGGAGAUCAUGCCUCAUGAUCAAUCUAAAAAUGCAUGCUUCUACAUCCUUCCCUAUCACAGGAGGUUCCUAAGGCUCAGGCGUUUGCGAUUAGAGACACAUCACAUUCUGGUUCUUUAUCCACUGGGGCUGGAUGCUAUGAUACAGGUGUGGCCUGUUUUACUGAAUGAUCUGUUCCCGGGAGUUCUGCUCUCCAUGGGAAACUUCUGCCAGGAGGUAUCUUUUUUCUUAGGUGUGGCCUCUGAGGAGCUUCCGUUCUCUCAACUGAGGUUGUUGAGACCAUCCUUCAAUCCCGAGCUCCCUUUACAAGGAAACUACACCCCCAGUUACAUGCUUCCUCCAUGGUGCACUGAGGCUGAGGUCUAUGGCCAAGGAAACUUAAGCUAUGUGGUGGGUCAGGAUGCUACUCCAUAG